AUGGCAACGAAAGCUGAUGCGGCUCCUCCUCCGACGGAGGUUCCCCUGGAAGCAUUCAAGCUUCUGCCCAAUAAUACCGAUAAAAAUUGGAUCAAGGACAAGGGAUUGCGGAAGCUGAAUCUUGGGAUCCUGUUUACGUUCUCAACUGCUUGCUCAUCUGGGUAUAUUGCAAGUCUAGUUAAUAGCCUGCUGGUAUUACCUCAGUUUGAUAUGAUCAUUGGCGGCUUGAACCCCAAUAUAGUUGGUCUAAUCAUUGCCGGUACCUCCUUAGGAGCCUUUCUAGCAUUCGUGCCAGCGUCCUAUAUCGCAGAUAGAUAUGGGCGCAAGGUCUGCGUUGGAAUCGGGUGCUGCCUGGUCAUUGUCGCAACAAUCAUCCAGACUAUUCUAAAGGAUCACUGGGCUUUCUUCGGCAUGAGAGUGCUGUCCGGCAUGGGCAUGGGCAUUUCCCAAACUGCUGCUCCUCUCCUGAUCACCGAAGUUGCACACCCACGCCAACGACAAACUGCGACUGCGUUUUACAAUGCGACUUGGUGCCUAGGCGCUAUUGGUGCGGCUGCCGUGACAUAUUUGACUAUUAGUCUGGAAAGCAGCUGGUCUUGGAGAAUCCCUUGUUUGAUGCAGGUGACAUAUCCGAUCAGUCAGUUAUUUGGACUGGUUUUCUUUAUACCAGAGAGUCCUCGAUGGCUCAUAUCGAAAGGCCAGAAAGAAGAGGCUUUGGUUAUCUUGGCCAAAUACCAUGCAAACGGAAAGAUGGACGAUGAGUUGGUUCAUCAUGAAUUCUGUCAGAUUUGCGACAUCAUUGACGCCGAAGCGGCCCAGCGUAGAAGCUGGAAAGCCUUCUUCUCAUCCAAAGGCGAUGUGCAUAGGUUGUCAAUUUGUGUAUUGGUCGGACUGAUGCAAGAAUGGGCUGGAAAUGGGAUCCUGUCAUAUUACCUCGCACCCACUCUCGCAUCCGUGGGAAUUACCAAGUCUUCAGACCAAGCCGCAGUCAACGUGAGCCUUCAAGUCUGGAACUUCCUCCUCUCGGCGGUUGGAUCGAUGGCUUCAGAGCGAUACGGUCGACGUGUCCUAUGGCUUCUGUCCACGGCAGGAAUGCUGUUGUUCCUCUCCUUGGCCACACUGGUAGCUGGCUUAUUCGCAGAACAGCACCUUGCAGCUGCAGGCAUAGCUGUGGUCCCCUUGCUGUUCAUCUUUUUCGCCUUCUACGACAUGGCGUAUGCCCCUCUUUUCAUCUCGUAUCCAGCUGAGAUCCUACCGUUUCGUCUGCGUGCCAAGGGUCUUGCGGUUACAUUGUCAGUCGAUGCUGCUGCAUGUUUCUUCAACCAAUAUGUGAAUCCGGUGGCGUUCACUGCGCUCCAGUGGAAGUAUUAUUCGGUCUAUAUAGGCUGCCUGGUUGUCUUCCUGGGGCUGGUAUAUUUGCUCUUCCCAGAAACCAAGGGCCGGUCUUUGGAAGAGGUUGCGAUGAUCUUCGAGACUGAGGAAGAACAUCCAGACAGCGCAAAAUCCGCGGAUGUAAAGUAG